AUGAGGGAUGGUACCUUUGUCGUGCAAAUCGAGGAUGAGGAUACAAAUGACCAGGAAGCAUACUGGAGCACAGCUCUGGUGGGAUUUGUGCUUGGUGAAGAUCCUUAUGAGAAAGCAAUGGAUAACUAUAUUACAAACGUUUGGAAUUUUGUUGAAAAACCUCAAGUUCUAUAUCAUGAGGAAGGUUACUAUAUCUUCAGGUUUGAAAAUAUGGAGGAUAGGGACCUAGUCCUACAGGCUGGUCCAUACACAUUUCACAACAAACCAUUUGUGCUGCAAAAAUGGAGAAUGGAUUUCAGAUUUGAUCCAGGUAGUGUGAGUGUAAUUCCUCUGUGGAUCACUUUCCCAGGACUUCCCUUGGGAUAUUGGUCAACUGAAGCUCUUAGUAAACUGGCUAGUGUGGUUGGGAAGCCCAUGUAUACUGAUAAGAUUACUGCUGAAAUGGAAAAGGUAUCCUAUGCAAGAGUGCUAGUGGAAACAGAUAUAUCCCAACCAUUACCAGAUAGCUUUGAAUUACAAACUAAGAGGGGAGUCAUAACUCAACAAAUUGAAUAUGAAUGGAAGCCAAAGUAUUGUUGUGAAUGUAUUAGAUUUGGGCAUAACUCAGAUGAAUGUUGGCACAAGGAAGUGCAGGAAAAGGCAAAGGCAGUCAAGGCUCAACCAAAGGGAACCGGGGAAAAGAAACUACUACACAAAAGGACCUUGAAAUGGAUGCCAAAAGCUAAGGGGAAGGAUGAUGUAAUCCAACAAGCAAGGAAUGCAGGGGACAUUCAACAAACAACUGACAAUGCAGAUGGCAGGGCUGUAGACAAUGGGAAAACGAAAGGGAAAAGUGUACAACAAAGUACAGUUGUUAUGAUGAAUACCACUAACAGGUUCUCUUUGUUGCAGACAGUAGAAUAUCCAGGGGACGCUGGCCCUUCCAGCUUCACCCCCAAAUGA